GCCCAUCGGCCGGAUCUAACACGGAGCGACAGUAUGGUAAUGCACAACCCAGCGGCUAUCGCAGUUCCAAUUCGGUCUGUGACCAACCUUGACGGUUGCGAUGUCAGCCAACAGUCCCGCCCCUCAUCCCCUCCAAUUGCAACCACUUUCUCCCGACCCCUAUAUUGUUAACCAUGCCUAUUACCCUCUCCACCUCCGCGGGUAACGGUUACGCCACUAGCAUGAAGGCCAGCGUGAAGCCCUCCAGCAACGGCAACGGGGUGAAGAAUGGUCAUGUCGAGCAUGCCCACCAGGCGUCUAGCUCCAGCCUUCUGAACCGGUUCAUUGACUCUUAUACUGAGUUGCAAGCGUACAAGGGCGGGAAGCCCGUCGUUGUGGAUGGCAAGACGCUAUCCAUCCCUGCUGUCACAGCCGCGGCGCGUUAUGGCGCUGCCGUGGCGCUCGACGAGAAGGAUGAGCUGAAGGAGCAAGUGGCGAAUAGCCGUGCCGUCAUUGUAGGCAAGGUGAACGCUGAAACCAGUGUUUACGGAGUAAGCACGGGCUUCGGCGGAAGCGCCGAUACACGUACAAAUGACCCGAUCAUGCUCGGCCAUGCCUUGCUUCAGCAUCAGCACGCCGGUGUGCUGCCGUCGCAAAUGGAUAGCCCCACAGCAGCUCUACCGCUGUUGGACCCCCUCGCGUCAACGAGCAUGCCUGAGGCGUGGGUCCGGGGCGCCAUUCUCAUCCGCAUGAACUCCCUUAUUCGCGGCCAUUCGGGUGUACGAUGGGAGCUCAUCGAGAAGAUGGGUUCUCUAUUGAAGGAGAACGUGACGCCCUUGGUUCCCAUGCGUGGUAGCAUCUCUGCGUCAGGAGAUCUGUCACCUCUGUCCUACAUUGCCGGCACCUUGAUUGGCAACCCCUCCAUCCGUGUCUUCGAUGGUCCGGCCAAGUUCGGCCACCGCCAGGUUGUGCCGUCCACUGAGGCUCUCGCUGCCCACGGCAUCGAGCCAAUCCCCCUCGCGUCCAAGGAACAUCUCGGUAUCCUAAACGGCACCGCAUUCUCAGCGUCCGUCGCGGCGCUCGCGCUGGAUGACGCCAUCCAUCUCACGAUGCUCGCCCACGUAUGCACAGCUAUGGGUGUCGAAGCUCUGCUCGGAGCGCAAGGUUCCUUCGAGCCGUUCAUCCACGACGUUGCUCGCCCGCACCCGGGUCAGGUGGAGUCGGCCGCACACAUCCGGCACCUGCUCGAGGGCACGCAGUUUGCCGUGACGAAGGAAGAGGAGCGCAGUAUCAAGGAUGAUGCUGGCGAGUUGCGCCAGGACCGCUACCCUCUGCGAACGGCGGCACAGUUCCUCGGCCCUCAGAUUGAGGAUAUCCUCCACGCGCUCGCCCAAAUCCAGCUUGAGUGCAACACCACGACGGACAACCCGCUCAUUGAGGCUGAGACGGACACCGUGCAUCAUGGCGGUAACUUCCAGGCUAUGGCCGUCACGAACGCCAUGGAGAAGACGCGCCUCGCCCUCCACCACAUUGGGAAGCUGCUGUUCUCGCAGUGCACCGAGAUCCUCAACCCCGCCAUGAACCGCGGUCUGCCACCUAGCGUCGCUGCGACCGACCCUUCGCUCAACUAUCAUGCCAAGGGAGUCGACAUCCACAUUGCGGCGUACACAGGCGAGCUGGGCUACCUCGCGAACCCUGUCUCAACGCACAUUCAGUCAGCGGAGAUGCACAACCAGGCUGUGAACUCCUUGGCUUUGAUCAGUGGUCGUGCGACCAUCAACUCGCUCGAGGUGCUGUCGCUGCUCACCGCCAGCUACCUCUACGCCCUCUGCCAGGCACUUGACCUCCGUGCGCUGCAGCACGAGUUCGAACAGGGCAUGAAGAAGAUCGUUGAGGAACAGCUCCCCGCCUUCUUCGGCAGCUCGCUCUCCCCGGCGCACCUCGAGACGGUCUUCAAUAUCACCUGGCCCGCGCUCCGCCAUGCUCUUGACGCAACCAGCACGAUGGACGCUGUCCCGCGUAUGCAGAAGGUUGCGGCGGCGAGCACCACGCCCAUCGUCGACUUCUGCCUCGCGAACGGUGCUGCAUCAGCGCUGACUAUAUUGACUUCGUUCCGCGACGCCGUAGCAGAACACAGCGCAGCCUUGCUCGCCGACCUCCGCAAGGCGUACCUCACCGGCGAGCGCGGUGCGGCACCUGCUGCUCAGUACUUGGGCAGGACGCGUGGGGUGUACGAGUUCAUCCGUGUGACGCUCGGCGUGCGCAUGCACGGUAAGGAGAACUUGGAUGGGUUCGCGGACGGCCCUGGCGUCACGGACGCGACCCUGGGCCAGAAUGUCUCUCUGAUCUACGAGUCUAUCCGGGAUGGCAAGAUGCAGGGCGUUGUUGUUGGGCUGUUCCAAUAGGGGAGGGACGGUACCGGUCGUUUUUAGAUCUGCGUCGAGGGUUCGUCUAUUUAUUGCAGAUAUUAUCAGUGUUUGUAGAGUAUCUGUGGAUGUAUCGUUAGACAAUACCAGAAUGAUAUCGGCUUUGCUAUGGAAA